AAAUCGGAAGUAAAAUACUAAGGUAUUAAUCUUAGAAAGUAAGCUACAAUGGAAAUGACAUGUUGAGUCAAGAAUCAAAAAAGCAAUGACCACAUUGUGGACUUGCAGUAGAGCCUUGGAAAAAACAUGGGGUCUUAAACCAAGAGUUAUGUACUGGUUGUACACAUCAGUGAUUAAACCUAUGAUAUUGUAUGGUGCCCUAGUCAAGUGGAUCAGAACAGCACUCGAUACAGAUAGGAAAGAACUUAGUCGCAUACAUGAUGCUAUGGCCAUCACUACAGCAUUAAGAACUACACCAACGGUCGCAUUAGAGGCAUUAAUUGGAUUGCCUCUACUGCAUUUAGAGGUGAAAGCUCACCCCAAAGCCGAAGCACUAAGAUUCCACAACUUAGGUAUGUGGACUUUGGAGAGUGAUACAACAGAACAUGGUAAAAUACUAAUAGAGAUAGACCAGGGCUUUUUGGAAUACCCCUUGGACUAUAUCAAACUGGUUCUUAAGAAUAACAUUCCCUACAAAGUGGAGAUCACUACACGUAGAGAAUGGAAUAUUAACCAUCUAAAUGAAAAAAGAGGAUUUGUGAUAUAUACAGAUGGAUCCAAAAAAUCAGGAAAGGUAGGUGCUGGAAUUUGGGGCUUAAAGCCACGAAUAAAUGUCAGUAUGUCAUUGGGCACAACACCCUCUGUUUUCCAAGCAGAGGUGAUGGCGAUACUGGUAGGGGCUCAGAACCUGCUGGUAUACAAAAAUAGGAAGAUAACUAUCUUAAGUGAUAGUCAAGCGGCUUUGAAAGCACUCUGUAACGAUCAGGUGAAUUCAAAGCUGGUCCUCGAAUGCAGGGAAACUUUAGAAUCACUAUCGAGGUUCAACAAAGUUACACUAGCGUGGGUACCGGGACACAACGGUGUCACUGGAAAUGAGAAUGCUGACUUUCUAGCCAGGAAAGGAGCAGAGAACACCUAUGUUGGACCAGAACCAGUGGUAGGGCUCACUGAGCAAUCGCUCAAAGCGUUACCCAAGAAUUGGUGCAGAGAACAACACAGGAAAAUCUGGAAGUACUUGGUAGUACCUAGACAAUCUAAAAUGUUUAUCAAGACCCCUGGUCUACUGUUGGGUGAUCCUAAUAGCAUGACUAGACAUCAAAUGACUGACUGCACCCUGACUGGUUUACUGACAGGCCAUGGUCACCUGCUUAAAAAUCUUAACGCAAUGGGGGUAUUGGAAUCACCAUUGUGCAGGGAGUAUGGAUAAAGAGAAGGAAGACUCAUUUCACAUCAUGUGCGAAUGUGAAGCCUUGUCCACACUAAAAUCAAACUAUUUGAAUAAAGCUUUUCCUAAAAA